AUGCCACAGCAUGGUCCGCCCCCCGCUCCAACCAACUCAAAACACCAGCCCCCUUCUGAGGUUGAUGAUUAUGGGAUAGAGGAUGAGCCUCGUUCUCCAAUUCUCCAGCCACGUCGUCGUGCUACUCGGCGAAAAUCGACACCCUCGAGCUUCGCUCCCUCAGAAAGAAUUGCUAGUCAACAUCACCACCGUCCGCUCCCAAGGAUCAAGUUGACAAGAUCACCAACUGUAGCAGUCGAUGAGAGCUUGUCAGAUGAAGAACAAGAUGAGCCGUUCGCAAAAGAGGACCGCCAACAAGCCAUAAAUAGGACACAUCCUUUCGGCAUCAGAGUUUGGAAUCCGCCGCUAUAUCAUGACUAUAACCCUGAAACUGAUGGCGAUGACAUCGGGAUGUCCGACCAUGUGGUCAGUAGUUGGACACUCAUCUUCAACGUUCUCUGGACACUGUUGUUCGGCUGGUGGAUAGGCCUCCUGGUGUUAUUCUGUGGGAUUGUCUGCAUAGUGCUCGCAAGGACUCCUGCGCAACCUUCGUAUGGUCGAAUUUUGUGUAGCUUGGCAGGCUACCUGUUCUUCCCUUUCAACAAGUUGGUGCGAUGCAGUAUCAGACACAGUACAAACCUAGAAGGCGAGAGACAAGUUCCGACUUCGUGUCAAGGCGAACGAUUAUCCUGUACCACCUCAGAGUACGGCCAGCUCUUGCGAUUUCCACGCUUGAGCUAUGGUUCAAGAGUCCAAGCCUUGAAUGCAGAUAGAAGGGUUGAACAACUCUCCCAGCAAACUUUGGAGCCUAUAGAUGCACCGAAAAUGUCUCUCUUCUCAAGCCAAUGGAGUGCUGAAAAACUCUUCUUCUCCAUUGCGCUAUAUAUCCUACUAUUACCAGCCUUCCUCCUUGUGGCGACGAUCUGUUGGUGUUUAGUUCUUCCACUCCCUAUAUCACGGAUGUUGGUUCGGUUAUUGCGAAAUCUCUACAGCCGAGCGUUGGAUCUUUUUUUCGAAUGCAACUCCAAGACAACUUCCUCAGCUGCUACGGAAGAGGGGAAACUCUUGCUCUGCAACCAUAUGUUCAUUGACAUCAAAUCCUGGAAGUAUUCUUUUGGCGGCGUCAACAUUGUCCUCAUCAAUCUUAUGACAAUUGCUACGUUGACAACUUUCGAUUGGCUCAUCCUCGUCAAGUGUUUCCAUUUUCAUUCGUUGGGCAUUUCACCCAGCCUACUAUUCUUCGGUAGCCUAUCAGGCAUCAUCCCUCUUGCCUACGUUAUUGGUCAAGCAGUGGCCUCAAUCUCAACACAAUCGUCUAUGGGCACCAGUGCCGCUGUUAAUGCAAUGUUUUCCACCAUCUUCGAGGUCAUAUUCUACUGCGUUGCCCUUAGGCAAGGCAAAAGCGAACUGGUCCAGGGCUGCAUCAUAGGAAGCAUCCUGGCCGGUGUCCUUUUUCUCCCUGGACUCUCUAUGUGCUUUGGUGGGCUAAAGCGAAAGACACAACGGUUCAAUUCCAAAUCGGCCGGUGUCACGUCAACGAUGCUCCUGUUUGCGAUGAUCGGUGUAUUUAGCCCGACCUUGUUCUACGCUGUCUACGGUACUUACGUGAUGAGGUGUGGAGAUUGUCCACAGAACAUGGCGGCAGUUCUACAGAAGGACUCACGGGAAGCUAUACCUGGAUGUCGAACCUGUUCGAUCUCGCAGCAGCUAAAUUUGAAUGAGCCUAUCUACAUUGAGAUGCUUAAACCGUUUAGCUACCUCUGUGCAUUUCUGCUUGCAUUGGCUUAUGUUAUUGGGCUGUGGUUUACUUUACGUACCCAUUCAGCCGUCAUCUGGAAUGAGGGCAAAGAAAGACACCAUGAUGAGUCCUUGAGUCGUCAUGACCCCAUCCCAUCCCACGAGAGACAUGCGAUAGCUAGUCAGCCCAUAUCGAAAAGACCUUCGCACUCAAGACAGAACCAAAGACUGUCAUCAUUUGGGGGGAUGGUCCCAACGCCGUGUGAUGUGAUCUCUGAAGCCCCAGAGUUCAGCCAACAGGCAGAUCACUCCGUGCCAGAAAAUACCACACUAGCCCCUCACUUAGCAAAUACAGAAAGGCCACCUCGUGACGAGGAGGUGCACCAUGUACCUAACUGGAGCAGACGUAAAAGUCUACUGAUUCUGAUUACUGCCACGUUGUUCUACUGUCUCCUCGCUACGAUUCUUAUCGAUGCUGUGGAUACUAUUCUCCAGGAGUUUUAUAUCGAAGAAAGGUUCUUGGGACUCACAGUUUUUGCACUAAUACCUAAUGCAACUGAGAUAUGGAACGCUAUACUAUUUGCUGCCAACGGCAAUAUCGCACUAUCUGUGGAGACUGGCUCAGCCUAUGCACUACAAGUGUGCCUUCUUCAAAUCCCUGCCUUGGUUUUCUUUUCAGCUGUAUUCCAAUCAUCAGGACGUCGGCAAAUUGAUAAUGUCUUCACGAUGGUGCUACCUCAAUGGGACAUGUUCGUCGUCAUCUUUUCCGUAUUUUUGCAUGGCUACAUGCAGAAUGAAGGGAGAAGUAACUAUUUCAAGGGAAGUAUUCUUCUACUAUCGUACGUGGCUGUGAUGAUAGGGUUCUUCCUCUCCGGUAAGCGAGACUAG